AUGGACAAGAAACGGGUUGGAUCUAGCCCUUAUACGAUGCGCACACCUCUUAUCGAUGCUACGGAGAGAGUCAACCACCAGAUGACGCCAGCCACAGAGCAGGGGUACUGCACAGACGAGGCGCUGAUGACUUCCCCCGAGCCGAUGUCGAUAGUCACCAGCCCGCUGUCGGCGAAAGGGAACGUGGAAUACAACUGUCGUUCGUCAGGGACCGACUCGCGGUUUGGAUCAAACAGGAACUCGACCAUGUCGGCGGCGUCCAUCGUCUCGAACAAGGGGAAGAGAAAGACUCAUGUUGGGCCAUGGCAGCUGGGCAAGACCCUUGGGAGGGGAGCGACUGGUCGGGUGAGAUUGGCUAAACAUGCGAUGACGGGGCAGACGGCUGCGGUCAAGAUCGUCUCGAAGAAAUCUGCCGCCAUAGCCCAGAGUGAGAGUAUUGCUGCGAUGGACCGGAAUGUGUACCAGUUUAAUGGACUCGGUGCGCGUCCAAUGCCGUCGGGGAUUGAACGGGAGGUGGUGAUCAUGAAGUUGAUUGAACAUCCGAAUGUGAUCAGCUUGUAUGAUGUGUGGGAGAACCGAGGAGAGCUGUAUCUUGUUCUGGAAUACGUCGAGGGCGGAGAGCUGUUCGACUACGUGUCCAACAACGGGCCACUCGCAGAGGAGGAGGCCGUCCGACUCUUCAGACAAAUCAUUGCCGGGCUCGGCUACUGUCAUCGGUUCAACAUCUGCCAUCGUGAUCUGAAGCCUGAGAAUAUCCUGUUGGAUGCGUGGCACAAUGUAAAAUUGGCGGACUUCGGUAUGGCAGCCCUUCAACCGGCCGGGCAUUGGUUGAACACGUCGUGUGGAAGCCCACAUUAUGCAGCACCUGAGAUCAUCUACGGCCGCAAGUACCGCGGUGACCAGGCCGACAUCUGGAGCUGUGGAAUCAUUCUGUAUGCUCUCCUGACCGGUUAUCUCCCCUUUGAUGGCCGCGACCUAGGCUCGACACUGCGCCUGGUGAAGAAGGGCGUCUACAUGAUCCCGCCAGAGCUCAGCCAUGAAGCCGCGGAUCUCAUCCAGCGCAUUCUACAGAAAAAACCAGAAGACCGCAUUAGUAUGCAGGAGAUGUGGAGUCACCCGCUGCUGAAGAAGUACGAGAAGCUUCAUCAGGCAAUGGCCAACCAUUACAUCGGUCCUGCUCCUCCCUUGUCAACAAGUGAAUGUGGUUCACUCGUCAAGAGUCCGCACGAUGUUGAUAUCGACAUUCUGAGAAACCUUCAGACUCUCUGGCACGACGCUCAUCCUGACGCAUUGAUUGAAAGGCUCACUAGUAGCGAGCCAUCAUACGAACGCAUGUUCUACAACGCUUUAGUCCGGUUUCGAAACGAGCAGCUAGAAAACUACCAGGGUCAGCCCCUUGAGCAUUCGGCUAGUGACUAUCAUCACAUCUCGCGUGGCACUCAUCGUGGCUCUAGACGAACUCCCAGUAGGCCGCCAAGCGCUUCCCGAGGCCGAGCUGAGUUGCAAGUCAAAGGAAACAACAGGAGGCCGGGCUCUACUCCCCGGGAACUGAAGUCGUCUGCGACUGUUGAAAGCUACGACCCGUUCCGGUCUCCGCGAUACCGAAUCACUGCGGAGAAUCCCGAGGUACCCAAGGUUGCCCAGGUCACUAUCCACAGGAAGCCUUCUGGGAUCCGCAAGAAGCACCAGUCACUGGACGGUGUCCAACCGCCGAACACCGUCGAAGAGCACCCCGAAGAGGAAGAGGAGAACCCCCCGAGCUCACCAUUCUCGGUAGUGAAAAACCAGAGGGCGAAGGUCAACUCCGUAAAGUCGUUCCAGUCGAAGACAUCGCAGUGUAGCUCUCGUCGGCGCCUCAACACCUCUCACACGUCUCGCUCGGCCGCCUACAAGCGGAAUGUGUCCUUCCGCCACGUCCGUAACCGGUCCCAGGGAUCAGCCAGUGCGCGGGUGAAAGAUACUCCACCACCCCUGCCAGCUGAUAUCAAGCGUCAAACAAGCGAGUCGAGUCUCAGAUCUGAUGUUGACCUCGACCCAUUCUCGGACCGGUUCAGCAGCCCCCUGUUGCCAGCCCAGCCGACAGUGGUACGAGGCGCAGGGGUCACAGUUAAACCUUGCCAUCAACCCAAGAGAUCUCGCGACCAGAACGCGAUGUGGCGGGAUGACACCCGCAAUGUGUCUCACGAGCUCAGUCAGAUCUGCGAGGAAGCCUUCAACGGCGGAUCCCUGUCAACGAACUGCACCACGAGCACAUGCAUGGACUCAGAGACUCCUGCAACCUCGGUGGGUAUGCCCACACCAGAAGACUCCCAGCGACAUAUUGCCCCAAAUUCAGCUAAACGACAGUAUGCUAGCCCUACGCCGGCAAACAUGUCAUACAGGGCAGCGGAACUGGAAGACACUCGCCGCAGACUAAUCGAACACGCCACCCAGGAUGGUUGCGAGGAUAUCCCUGACUACUUGGUACCCGUGAUCGCUCACCUGGAUCGUUUGAUAGAGCAGGACAAACUCAGACAGCGGCAGAGGCCCGACACCACUGAUGACAAGACGCCCGUGGUGACCGAUCCGUUUGCCAACCCGCCAUCCGACACCAACUGUCUUCCCAUAAUCUCUGAAGAGAUGAACCCCAACGCCGAUCCGAGACAUGCCACUCCCAGCGCUAGGGAAGUCGAACAGCGAACGGCCUCUGAGUCGACCGUUCGCAAACAACCAAGUAUCCCCACCCCUACCCGGAGGAAUAAGAAGACCGUGCGGAUGGUCCCGCAAAGCUCGUUCCUGUCCAUCGGGGAUAUCAAGCCUCUCAAUAUUCGCAAAAAGCGCGACACUUAUCACAGUGAAGCAGAGACGCCCUUACUUCCGAACACUUCUAGCGACCAUCCCCCUAGUCUACCUCCACCUGCCGUUCCCCAGCAGGGCGGCAACGGCAACCUUGCCGACCUGGGCCCUAAUCAUCAGAACGAUGAGAUUCCGCGACAGGGCGAUGUCCGACACUCUGGGUACAAAAAGUGGUCCUGGCUGCGCAACUGGGCCCAGGGCUCUACCGAGACCGACAGCAACACAUCAGUCGCAGUCAAAACCCUGCAACCAAGUACGGCAACGGUCGUCGUCCGCCAGGUCGAGCCCACCGCGGACGAUCCAUCAACCCAGUCAGAAAAGCCGUCGAACGACGAGGAGACCAGCAAGAAACGCAAACCCAGUCUCCUGAAGCGGUUGAUGAAACGGCGGCUCAACAAGAGUCCUCCCCAGGAGUUUCCAAUUGACCCCGAGCCAACAGACUCCGAACAGACAGCUACGCCCCCAACAGACAGGGCCUCCUCCACAGACACCAAAAACACCGAGAAGCCCCUCCCACGCCUACCGCAUCCGCAAAGCAAAAACCAGAACGUCUUCGCGCGCCUCUUCCAGUUCAAGCCCGCCACGCGGGUCGUAGCCCUCAACACGUCGAAGAUGAAGGGCCGCAAAGACGUGUACAAGAUUCUCCGGGAUUGGAAGCAGUAUGGACUCGAAUAUGUGCUCCUCGACAAGGUCAAUAGCGUUAUCUAUGCCAAAGUGGGAGAAGUGAACUUCCCCCGCCUCCGCCCCGUCGAGUUCUCAGCGGAGUUCUGCACGGUGCUGGAGCACGGCCGUGAGGCGAAUCUGAGCGUUAUCCGCUUCAAGCAGGAACACGGCGCGGCGUCGUCGUUCCAUAAGGUCGUUGAUACUAUCUGCGUGGUGAUGCAGCAGCGGGGGAUGCUGGUUGAGGAUCCUGCGAGGGCGAAGAAGAUGGCGCAUGUUAUCGAUGCUUUCCCGGAUUCUUGAAUUUAUUCUCAUUAUGUUUGAUACUUCAUCGUCUAUCUCCUUUGAACUUUCUGAUCAGCGUGUAUCUUCUUGUCUCCUACGUUCUUUAUUGUCUAUUGUCUAUCGUUUCUUUCUCAGACUACUUCUGGGAUGGUGUAUUACUUUCUCUUCUUUCUUGUCAUACUGGUUGAUUUCUCUCUGGCUACUAUUGUGGUUGUGUAUUGCUGUUUUUCCCUCUUCACCCCUUGUCACUUUCUUCCUUCCCUUCCCUUUCCUUUCCCUCUCCCUGUCUUGGUAUGUCCUCACCACUUUCCUUUCUUAUUCUACACACGGCACUGGCACUAACACUAAAUACCACUAAUAGUAACCAGUGACCUACUACAUGACUUCAAAC